UCGGGCCAGGGAGCGGUGUGGACCGGGAACGUGGUCUGCGCCGGGGGCGUGGCCUGGACGGGUCCCGGGAAGCUGUUGUCGCAGACGGGCAGCGGCUCUCCUCUCGGCGAUGGCGGCCGGCGCCGGGUCGGGGUCGUCUCCCGCUCGUCCUUACGAGCUGGUGGUGUUCGGCGCCUCGGGCUUCACGGGCCAGUUCGUGGUGGAGGAAGUGGCGCGGGCCUCGUCCGGCGGGGAUCUGCGCGGGCGCUGGGCCGUGGCCGGGCGCAGCCGGGAGAAGCUGCGGGCGGUGCUGGAGCGGGCGGCGGAGAGGCUGGGGAAGGCAGCGCUGGUGACGGAGGUGGCCGUGCUGCUCUGCGAUGUGGGCGACCCGGGAUCGCUGGCCGCCGUGGCGAAACAGACCCGGCUGGUGCUCAACUGCGUGGGCCCGUAUCGGUUCUUUGGAGAGCCUGUGGUACAAGCUUGUGUUGAAAAUGGUGCAAGCUGCAUUGACAUCAGUGGAGAACCCCAGUUUCUGGAAGGAAUGUACCUGAAAUACAAUGAAAAAGCUGCGGAAAAGGGAGUGUAUGUCAUUGGAAGCUGUGGCUUUGACUCUAUACCGGCUGAUAUGGGAGUACUGUACACCAGAGACAAGUUGAAAGGUACUUUGACUGCCGUCGAAAGUUUCCUGACGGUGAAAUCUGGGCCUGAGGGCGCUUGUAUACAUGAUGGGACCUGGAAGUCAGCUGUUUAUGGCCUUGCGGAUCAAGACAACCUUAAGAUGCUUCGAAAAAAGAUAGGAUAUGCCCCUGUUCCAGUAGUUGGUGCAAAACUUAAAAGAAGAGGGCUUGUGUUUUACAAUCGGGAAUUCAAAGAGUACUCCAUUCCAUUCAUGGGAUCUGAUGUUUCUGUUGUGAAACGGUCUCAACGUUAUUUGCACACAGAGCUGCAGGAAACACCUGUGCAGUAUGGCGCUUAUGUGAACAUAGGUGGUCUUGGCUCUGUUAUCAAGCUGAUGUUUGCUGGCAUUUUAUUUCUUCUUCUUGUGAAGUUCAGCUUUGGAAGAAAACUUCUGACAAAAUACCCAGAAUUUUUCUCUGCUGGACGCUUCACAAAGAAAGGACCAACCCAGAAACAGAUGGAUGGAACCUCUUUUACAAUGACUUUUUUUGGCGAGGGUUACAGUGAGGGGCAAGAUUGCCAGAACGGCAAACCAAAUGUAAAGAUCUGCACUGAAGUCAAAGGACCGGAGCCUGGCUAUGUUGCUACACCAAUUGCAAUGGUUCAAGCAGCUGUCUCUCUUCUGGAAGAUGCAGCUUGUCUGCCGAAAAAGGGUGGUGUGUAUUCUCCAGGAGCUGCCUUCUCUAAAACAAAACUGAUUGAUCGCCUCAACAAACGUGGUGUUGAGUUCUCCGUUAUUCACAAGUCUGAGGUCUGAAGUCUCUACACAACUGUAUGAACAAACAACUUUCCCGGGUCUAACGCAAUAAAACUCGUUUGGCUGUAA